AUGACUAGAGUCAAGAAGAAGACCAUGGACCCACCAACGAAUUUAUCUGGCAUCGUCGACCCGGAGGCUGGUCCUACCGCCCCGGCAGAUCAGGCGCAGGCACAGUCGCAACCUGCUCAAAUACCGUCGUCGUCGUCGUCAAUGUCGGACUUUUCAUGCGUCUAUUUCGGAUAUGGUUCCAACUUAUCAGCACGAACGAUGAAGCAACGAUGUCCCGACUCCCUCUUCAUAGGGCUUGCAGAGCUGAAAGACUGGAAAUGGAUCAUCAACGAAACCGGAUACGCAAACAUUGUUCCGUCUCCGGGAGAUGUCGUGUACGGGAGUCUGUGCUUUCUCAGCAAGAGAGACGAGAUGGCACUGGAUGAAAGCGAGGGGGUCCCCUGGUUGUAUGAAAAGAUGACAUUGCCUGUGAGGCGGCUUCUCGGUAACGUGGAGAAGUCAUCCGACUGGGCGGAUGGCGGAGAUAUACAAGUCCAGGCCACGACGUAUGUGGAUGUACAGCGGACGACGCUCGGCAAGAUUGAACGCGAGUACGUGAUCUGGGUCAAGAAGGCGAUCGAGGACGGGCACGCCGCGGGGAUGCCGGCGGGAUACGCUGAGAAGUACCUGCGGCCUUUCCUACCGACAGAUGAGAGGCAGUUGGAAGAUAUCGUGAUGGUGAGGACGACCAAGUUUGGGGAGCACAGCGCUGGGAUCGUGCCUCGAGGAUUCGCAAGCUGGUCGAGGGGAUGA